CAAUGUUUUGACAUUAAACAGUUGUAUGCAAAUGUUUACGCCUUUUGAAGAGAAAAAAUUACAAGAAAUAUUAAAAUUAAUAUAAAAUUAAAAAAAAAUCACCUAAUUAAUAACUAAUUUAAGAAAAUGUUAUCUCAAUAUAUGGAAGAAUUUGAACAGGAACCUUUUGAGGUCAGUGAAUUUGUGGAAAGAUUAACUUGGCGCACCAACAACGAAUGCGUCAACAGCAAAAAAACCGCCUCGGAAAAUAUUCUAGCAGCAGAAAUCAAAGAUUUCAAUCCCACAGCCUUACAUGAUACCUUCAUACAAACGAUACAAGAUUUAAAAAUUCUGCAGGAAAAACAGCAGGCUAAAUGUGAACGUCUGGAGGAAUCGUUAAAAAAGGAACAAGAAGAACAUGCUAAAAAUAUUGUAAAACUAAAGGAACGUCAUCAAUUGGCUUCGGAUGUUUUCUGGCAAUUGGAUGAGAAAAUCAAUUCGGUGGCUGGUAAAAUUAUACAUUUGGGAGAACAAUUGGAAAAUGUUAAUACGCCACGUAGCCGUACAGUGGAGGCACAAAAAUUACUUAAUUAUAUGUCGGAAUUUUUAAUUAGUGGCCCCCUGGUUAAUGAUAUCUUCACAGAUCCCUCAAGACUCUAUGAAGCGGCGGAUGUUAUACAAAAGUUAUAUGCUAUAGCCCAAGAUUUACCCUUGGAGAAAUUUACUGAAUCCAAAAGAAAAAUCGAAAGAAAAUAUGAUGAGGUUGAGCGAAGGUUAAUUGAAGAGUUUGCUGCUGCUCAAAAGAAUGAGGAUAUAGAGAAAAUGAAAAAAUUGGCACAAAUAUUGUCGCAAUUUAAAGGUUAUGCUCAGUGUAUUGAUGCCUACAUAGAGCAGAGUCAAAUGACUCCAUAUGGCGGUAAAGAUAUAUUCAUUGGCAUUGUACCCAUGUGUAAGCAUCAUUAUGAGAUUAUAAAGAAAGUAUUUGCCAAUCCACAACAGGUUAUGACCAAAUUUAUUUUAAAUAUUUAUCAAUUGAAAUUACAUCAAUAUGCCAUGACCAAAUUGGACGACAAAAGGGAUGAGGAGAAAUAUUUAAAGACCUUAUAUGAGUUGUAUUCACGUACCCUUAAACUGUCUUCGGAAUUACAACACUACAUGUCCGCCAUGGAUGAUGAUUUGCUAAAUAAACUAACCCAGCAAAUUUUUCAAAAACAUUUGGCUAAUUAUGCAGAAAUUGAAUCGAAAUUCCUACAAACUAAAUGCUCUAAUGAAUUGGAAAAAUUCUAUGCUAGUAAGAAUCAUCAAAAGAAACCAACCGAACGUUUCCAGGAACUUAAGCGUGAUGUGCAAGUACUUAUACGCACCAAAGCCAAUAUAAAUAUAGCACAAGUUGAAGAUUAUGGUGGCGAAACAUUUCUUUCCGAAGAAUUGGCUAUCAAAAUGUUGCAAGAAGCUAAUGCUGCUCUUAAACGUUGUCGUUUGUUAUCGAGUGAAUCGGAACUGCCAGGAAAUAUUGUUAAGUUGAAUGAUAUUUUAUUAAGAUUCCUAAUGCAUGAGCAUGCAAAUUAUGCUUUGGAUUUGGGUUUAAAUAUAAUACCCAUUGCUGAUACGGGUAGAACUUUUCCACAAUUGUAUUUCUUUGAUGUGGUACAAAAAACCAAUAUUAUAACACAUCUAUUGGAAGAUCAGUGUAAUACUUCGGUGGUGCCUUGUGUAAUAAAUACUCCGAAAUAUUCUGAUUAUUUGUUCAAGAAACGCAUGAUGAUGGAACAAAUUGAAAAUAAACUUGAUCAGGGCUUAGAUCGUACCUUAAAUGCGGUAAUAGGCUGGGUUAAAUUUUAUCUACAAAAUGAACAAAAGAAAACUGAUUACAAUAAACCAGAUUCUGAUUUUGACACUUUAUCAUCGGCAGCCUGUUUACAUGUCUGUCAAAAUAUUCAGCCCGUUAUACAACAGAUCAAAAAAUGCAUCGAUGGUGAAAAUCAAAAAUUUAUUUUAAACGAAUUUGGCGUACGUUUACACCGCGUUAUUUAUGAUCAUUUACAAACGAUGCAAUUCAAUACGGCUGGUGCCAUGUGCGCCAUUUGUGAUGUCAAUGAGUAUCGCAAAUGUAUACGUGAGUUGGACAGUUCAUUAGUAACCCAACUCUUUGAUAUUUUACAUGCUUUGUGUAACUUAUUACUGGUUAAACCAGAAAAUCUAUUAGAAGUUUGCACUGGUGAAACUUUGAAUUAUUUGGACAAAUCGGUUGUACGUCAAUUUAUACAAUUACGUGCUGAUUUUCGUGAUAUAAAAAAUACCAAUAAUUUGAAGGGUAUUAUCGAGUAAAUGUAUAAAAUUGCAGUAUUCCUAGAAGCGGAAAUUUAAACGUAAAAAAGUCAAAUUACUCAUCGAUAAUAUUUUAUAAUUUAUUACUAUUUUAUAAUUUCUUAAUAUGUUAUACUACCUAUUAUUUAAUAAAAUAUCUUUAAUCUUUGGAAAAGAAAAA